AUGGCCGCUUCUUCUCUUCUCAGAUCCGCGAUCGUUUCUUCACAUUACUCCUCCGAUCGCUCUCAGGCACUUCGCAAUGCCUCAAGUGUUAGUUCAAAUUCUAUGAGGUUACAAAGCAGCAUAUUUGGAACUUCAUUUCCAUGUGAUCCAUUAGUCUUACAGAACUGCAAUGCCCGGGGCAUUCAGCCUAUCAGCGCUACAGCAACGGAAAUCCCUCUCCCUGUGCAAAAAUCAAGCAGCACUGAGAAGACCAGAGUUGGAAUAAAUGGUUUUGGUAGAAUUGGAAGGUUGGUGUUACGUGUAGCUACUUCACGGGAUGAUAUUGAUGUUGUUGCAAUUAAUGAUCCUUUUAUUGAUGCUAAAUAUAUGGCUUACAUGUUCAAGUAUGAUUCUACUCAUGGACCAUUCAAGGGAACUAUUAAGGUUUUGGAUGACACUACUUUGGAAAUUAAUGGGAAGCAGGUUAAAGUUGUGAGCAACAGAGAACCCGUGGAGAUCCCUUGGGGUGAUUUCGGUGCUGACUAUGUCAUAGAGUCUUCAGGAGUUUUUACAACAUUAGAGAAAGCUUCAUCACAUUUGAAGGCUGGUGCCAAGAAAAUUAUAAUAUCGGCUCCAUCUGCUGAUGCACCAAUGUUUGUGGUAGGAGUGAACGAGAAGACAUACAAGCCCAGCAUGGACAUUGUUUCUAAUGCAAGCUGUACAACGAAUUGUCUUGCUCCUCUUGCCAAGGUGGUUCACGAAGAGUUUGGUAUAAUUGAGGGUUUGAUGACAACUGUGCAUGCAACAACAGCAACACAAAAGACCGUAGAUGGUCCUUCAAUGAAGGAUUGGAGAGGGGGAAGAGGUGCAGCUCAAAAUAUAAUUCCAAGUUCAACUGGUGCUGCAAAGGCUGUUGGAAAAGUUCUUCCUGAGCUAAAUGGAAAACUCACUGGAAUGGCUUUUCGUGUUCCUACUCCUAAUGUUUCUGUCGUGGACUUAACCUGCCGACUUCAAAAGAAUGCUUCCUAUGAAGAUGUUAAAGCAGCAAUAAAGCGUGCUUCAGAGGGACAACUGAAGGGAAUUCUUGGAUACACAGAUGAGGAUGUUGUCUCUAAUGACUUUGUUGGUGAUUCAAGGUCGAGUAUCUUUGAUGCUAAGGCCGGGAUUGGGCUUAGUAAGUCCUUUGUGAAGCUGGUCUCAUGGUAUGACAAUGAGUGGGGUUAUAGCAACCGAGUGUUGGACCUUGUAGGGCACAUGGCAUUGGUGGGAGCCCAAAAUUGA